UCACUUUUCUUAAUACACGCACUGCUACAUAGUUCUUUUUCGACAGCCUGUGGAAUAUUUUAACUUUUCUUUUUUUCCUGUUUUUAGUAUUCGCCUAUAAAUAUCAAUGAAUAAUGGAAAAGUCAACAACAUACGACAUCAAUAGCCAUGUCUAUCGAGAGACCACAUUACCCAACACCGACGUCAAACACAAUAAUAUCGAAAAUAACAGUAAAAAUCCGACAAAAACCACGUCACAGACGAAGCCAAAGAAAGUGCGGCGUGACAAAAGUGAUUUGGGUGAGAAUUUCAAAGCGCCAGAUGGUGGCUGGGCUUGGCUGGUGUGCAUAGCUGCGGGUUGUUCGAACCUAUCGAUCUAUCCAUGCUUGCAGCAGUUUGGUUUUAUAUUCCGUGAACGUUUGGCCAUUUUAGGUCUAACCAGUUCGGAAAUUACGACAAUCAUUAACACAAAUCCAGCGGUGUCGGCAUGUACAGGUCUCUUAAAUGGACCUAUGUUUCGACGCUUUACAUUUCGUCAAGUUGCCUUGGCGGGUUCGCUUUUUAUUUUUGUCGGUCUAAUGCUUACAGCCUUCUGUGAGUCCUUCAUCGGCUACAUGGCAACCUAUGCGAUUCUUUUUG